CGAAAAGCCUCCAUUUUAUCACCAAGUAGUCAUUUCAAACUGUUUCCAAGUUUAUAUAAUACAUGGCUGCCGGGCUGGGUAUUUCAAUCGUCUAAGAUCCCUGGGAACGCUUCACUUCUGGUCUCGGUGUUCUUGCCAACGCCGUAUCCAAGAAAAUGCCCCCAACACUGGUCCUCAUCCGCCAUGCCCAGGCAUUACACAACGCCAACAAUAAGUCUAACCCUCAGUUCCAGCGCCCGACCUUGAACCCCGACUUGACGAGUUUGGGAGUAGAGCAGUGUGAAGAACUGCGCAAGAGCCUGGUUGAACACUUCGCCGACGUCCGUGAUGCGGCCAUUAUCGUGAGCCCCAUGAGGCGCACAAUCCAGACGGCCUUGCUUUCGCUAGACUGGCUGCUCGAGCGUGGAACGCCUAUCCAAGCCGACGCACGGUGGCAAGAUCUUUCGCCCCUGAUGUUGAUGGCUUUGCUAGAAAACUCCGGCAAGCCUUGCGAUACUGGUACCCCGGUGACUGCGCUGGCUAGGGAGUUUCCCGUCAUCGACUACUCCACGUUGGAUCCGGUCUAUCCGGACAAGACUUCGCCUGCCGGUGCCAAAUACGCAUACAACCGCAAGGCUAUCCUGAGCCGCGGGCAGUCGGCCUUGGAGAGUCUUCGCCAACGUCCCGAGAAGUUCAUCUUUGUCGUCUCUCAUUCUGGAUUCCUCCGCCUCGGUCUGGCGGGUUAUUGGUUCUUCAAUGCCGACUACAGAGUGUUCGAUCUGGAAAGCGAUGGUAGCCUGAAGCAGUGGGAGUCAACGGCCAGUGGCGGGCUUGGGAAAUCAUUGACUGUGCCUGUACCGCUCGGUUUCGAACUUCCCGAAGAGGACAUCGAGAUGCCGCCCGAGAAUGCAUAG